AUGAAACGGUUUCGCCAUUAACUGGUGCCAGUAACACUGCCAGACCUCGACAGCUACUAUCCACAACAGUAACUAGACUUGAGCAACAAGCCCACCAAUUCAUGCUCCAUCGCCUCUCGGCAGCAACACGACGCACAUAUUCAUCAGGUCAGUCCAGAUACCGUCUUUUCUGCCAACAACAUAGGUUAACGCCCGUACCCGUGACACCGCGGCUUGCCACUCUAUUCGUCACACGUCUCGCCAUGGAGGGUCUAGUCUACAAGUCAAUCAAAGUUUACCUUGCCGCUAUUGUCAGCCUCAACGCCGAAACUGGACACACCGAGGACAUUGCAUCUAACAACAUGCUGCGCCAUGUACUACAAGGUAUCAAACGCGAUCACGGUGACCCCAUUCGCCCAAGAUUGCCAAUCACAAUGACACUAAUACGUAAAAUCAAGAAUGCGCUCAGGUCGCACCCUGCGAUUCAUGUCAAUGACAAACUAAUGCUGUGGUCUGCUUUCACCUUAGCUUUUUUCGGGUUUUUACGAGUUAGUGAGUUCACCGCCAUAUCAGCUUCAACAUUUGACAACGAUGGUACCCUUCUCGGCUCAGACGUACAGCUCACAGACGAUCUUAUCGUCACCAUUAAAGCUUCUAAAACAGACCCGUUUCGCCGUGGCCAAGUCGUCACCAUUGCACCUACGCAGUCAUCUAUUUGUGCGGUUCGCGCAUUCCGCAACUACAACCCGGCAGCCCUCAACGCACCAGCGUUCUGCUUCACGAACGGCAAAUUCCUUACGCGUCAAGCUGUAACAUAUCACCUUCGCGACCUACUCCUUCGUGCAGAAGUUCCAAAUGUGUCUAAUUAUGCCAGUCACAGCUUUCGCAGUGGUGCAGCAACAACAGCUGCCGAGGCCAACCUCCCCGACUGGCUGAUAAAAGUCCUAGGACGAUGGCGUAGUGACGCAUAUCAGCUGUACAUUACCACACCAACUGACAUUAUUCGUAAAGUACCAGCAACGCUUGCUCAACAUCGCUGA